AUGUUUCUUCUUGUCACAACGUGGUUUAUACCGCGCCGUUGGUCGACGGCUGGUCAGCGCCGAAGAUACAACCGAAGUUACUCGAGCGCCGGCGUCCCUGUCGUCGGCAAUUUCCGCGUCAAGUAUGGAGUUAUGGGGAAACGGAUGAAGAUGCCGAUGCCGAAAUUAUUGCUUGGACUGAUGGUAUGCGGCACCUUGAUGCCGCUAAUCUACUUCAUUCUACUUUCUUACCCUAAUUCAACGCCAACCAUAACCGAAACGGUCGUCCAAAGCCUUCUCCAGAAAAACAACAGUCGAAGGGCUGAGGCCCCCUUGCCAUUGUCUCCAGAUAUCCAGAAUCAAAUUAGGAUGGAUCCUGUGUUCACGUGGGAGAAGGAAUAUACUAACUUCAUGAAAGACCAAGAACACCGCAAAAAGGCCUUGCGCAAUGCAUGUCGCACACUUGGCUUAAUCGCCCACAAAAAUAAAAUUAAGAAAGAAGACCUUUACAGCGUGAUUGUAAAUGACCAAUAUGGCUUCAUGUAUUGUCAAAUCCCUAAAGUGGCUUGUACCAAUUGGAGACGCGUUUUACUUGUCCUUACUGGAUUUUAUAACACAACCGAAGCGUCAGAAUUAAAAGCUAAACAUGUUCAUGAUUCUUAUGAUCGGGACUUGACCUACCUUAGCGAACUCUCCUCGGGAGGAAUUUCCUACCGAGUGAAGAAAUAUAAGAAAUUCUUGUUCGUUCGCGAGCCGUUCGAACGUCUAUUGUCGGCGUUUCGUAACAAGAUCCAGAAUCAUCAGAACGAAUACUUCUUCGAGAAGUUCAGCAGAAAAAUUUUGAAGAAAUAUCGAGAUCGUAACAUGACGUCUGAAACUAUGCGCCAAAGUAACGUAACGUUCAUUGAGUUUGUGCGUUACCUACUUGACCCUUCGACCCGCAAGAGAGGACUCAAUGAUCAUUGGGAACACUUCAACACCUUGUGUCAUCCGUGUCUCCUUAAGUAUGACUUCAUUGGCAAAUAUGAAACGCUGGAUCGAGAUGCGUACUUUAUUCUACGGAACCUGACCCCUAACCAUUGGGUGAGAUUUCCGUCACGAGAAGAGACGUAUAAACACCCAACAACUACGAAUCUCGUUGCCAAAUAUUAUAGAUCCAUAUCGCCACGAUUUGUACAGAAAUUGUGGAAAAUGUAUGAAAAGGAUUAUAUGCUUUUUGACUAUCAGUAUCCAUCAUGGCUGCCGCCUCUAAAACUAAACAGUAGUAGUUUUUCAUUGCAGAGUCAGCCACCACCAUCAGAUGAACCCCAACAGUCAAUUUCGGUCAUCAAAUAA